AUGGCGUUUUAUUUAUCUAAUUGGACAAUUGACUAUCUUCAACAAGAACAAAAAGAAUGGUUUAUUUAUGAACCUUUAAUGGCAAUGAUGACAAUGUUUUUAGCAACAACCGGUAUUUAUUCACGUUUGGCAAGUUUAUCAACAAUUCAUCAACAAUUUAUACGUUUAAUAAUUGAAUGGCAAGCUCGUACACAACAAAAAAUAUUGUUUCGUGAUAGACGUAGAAUUUAUUAUAAUAAUAGGAAUAUGAUACAUGAUCUAAUUAGUCAAAACCUAUUCAUACAAACAAUGGCUGAUAAUCAUUUUGGUUUUACCUGUAGCCGUAUUUUUGAAAUAACUAAAUAUAAAUAUGUUGAAUUAUUAUUAUUGAACAUUGUUCUAAUAAUCAUGUUCUAUAAAAAAUUCUGUUUAAAUCUUAGUUAA